AAUUGUCGUGCGUGGGUGCGUAAGAUGCGUGCACGAUUUACUGUGCGUGAUUCUGCGCGAUGGGGGAAGGUUGGUGUAAUGGGUGGGGUCUAAACGAUGAAUCCCUUCUCUUCUCAUAUCUGAUUCGAUCUGAUUCGAGUCAGUUUCGAGUGGUCUACCAGUAUCCUUUGUAUUUGACGCGUAAUACUACAUUCACCGAUAUCCAUGUAAUGGCAGCAUUAUUAAAUAAGCAUGAAGCAAAUAUUAGUUACAGAUCGUAGAUGUCUGAAAACUAAUCAAAUCUUUUAUAAUUUUCAAACACAAAUCUUUAAAUCAAACUGUUGGGUACUUCAAUAAUUUACAAGAGUUCAUUAUAGUUUUCAAGAGUAAUUUUUAUAGUUCAUCUGUCAAGAUAACGAACGUAUUGCGAAAUUCUACGGAAGAGGUGUGGAAAUCUUAUCAGGAUUAUCAGCGCUACGUUAGAUGUACUGACCUAAGUUGUCUUAAUUUAUAUCCUGUGUAAUGUGAAUGAAUUUUGUGCCUAACAUUCCUAAAUCGCAGGAAAAUAUUUGGCAAAUGUACAGAAAAUUCGCCCUUCGCCUAAUACUUAUCUGAAUCAUUCAACUGAUCGUCUGCAUGGAGGUGUUCACUGUAUAAACAUAUCAAUAUUGGAAAUCGAAAAUUUGCUGUUUAAAUAAAAUGUAAUUCGUUUAAUGGUUAUGAUGAAGUGAUUACAUCUGCAUAUUUUUACACAUUUUCUGCAUUUAUAUAUGUUAUAUAUAUGAUAUAUAUAUUUAAUACAUAACAUAUAUAAUCAUAUUAUAAUAUAUUUAAAUAGAUAAAUUAUUUAUUCAUAAUGGAAAAAAGAAGUAUCAGUGGAAAAGAUAUUUUAAGAAUGGAUGGUCUUUUACCACCAACUCGACGCUUACCUGUCUGUAAUGCUGUGACUUCUACAGAUAAAAAAAAAGAAAAAAAAUGGUCAAUUGGUGGAAUUUUGAAAAGAAUAUCAUCAAUUCGGGAUUAUGAUAGUUCUUCCAAUGAUGAAGAAAUUGUAUAUUGUACAAGACAACCAAAACCUCGCACAGUAUUUAAUAGAAAAUUACAUAAUGUUGUGCUUCAACCAAUUGAAAAGAAUUCAAAUCAACAUUUAAAUAUUAACGAUACUACAAAGUCAAUGGAUAUAACAAACUUACAAAAAGAUUCUUUGAAUUCUCGUAGUAGCGAUGGAUCAUUGGAUGGAUUAAGUAAAAAAGCAAGGAAAAAUAAAUUAAAAGCACGAGUAGAAGCAAAACGAGACCGUAUUUGUGCAGACAGUAGUUCAGAUGAAGAUUCACGUAAAUCUUGUAAUUCAUUGACAAGAUAUCAAAAUGAAAUUGCUGCACAUAGUACGCAGAAAAAUAUUUCUUGUAAUAGAAAAAGUCGUGCAGCACGUACUGAACGUUAUAUAAAACGUUUAUCAAGAGAUGAAGGUCACAAGUUUCCAGAAAAUUUAAAUAAUAUAACAAAUAAACGCACCAGUCUUGAUUUCAUGAAUGAAGAACAAUCCUCUGUUUCUAUAGGUGCAAAUGAACCAUUUCAAUUUUCAGAACAAUGCUAUAUCAAUUAUUCUAACAGUAAUACCUUCCCAAUAAAAAAAUCUGCUGAAAAUCUACGACAAUCUGGAUUGAUUGCACCUAAUUUACAGACAAAAUCGUCUACUGAUCUCACAAUGAGCCAAUAUAUAACAGAUUUAAACCAAAAUAAUACUUAUGCAAAACCAAAUGUUUCAUACAGAAAUAAAAACAAUUUAAAUCAAGAAGAAAAUAAUGUUUUCAAUUUAUCUAUGGCUAGUAAUACAAUUUAUGCUAAUCCAUAUGAUUAUACGAGAAAUCAUCAGUUUGCAAGUCGAAGUUCUUCUCCACCUGAACCUCCACCAAGAGAUCCACGUUGUCGAAUUUUUACUUAUGGUUGUAAUUCUUUUCCAUUGAAUGAAAACUUUGGUGCAAUAAAAUACGAUGAUACUUUACGUACUAAAAUGAACGAUAUACAUGAAGUUACUAAAGAUCAUGUAAAAAGUUUAAGAUCCUAUGAUUCAAAUAAUGAAAUCAGUUGGUGUGGCUCGACUAAACAUUGUCCACGACGUCCAUUGUCUCUAACUGUAAGCUCAACACCAUCUUGUAAUUUAUCAGAGUGUACAAACAAUAGACACAAUUCAACCGGCAGACACGUAGAUGAACCGAUGUUUAAAGAAACGGAAGCAAUGAAAUGUCAAAGGAGAAAUGAUCGAAAUGAUCAACUCACUUCAAGCUUUAAAAAUUAUGAUACCAAAAUGCGUGAAAAUAAAUUAUCUACUACUUAUAUUAAAAAUAUGCGUAAUAAUUCCGUUUCACCUACUAUUAGUAAGUCUUUGGAUAGUUCCUAUACGAAAUCACCAAUCAAAGAAAUUGCAAUCGAGAAUUUUUAUAAUUUACCAAAUGAUACAUUUGUUGACAAUUUGAAAAUGGAAGAAAAUCAAUUAAUUAGCGAUCAAGACACUUUAGAAAAAAAAAGAAGUUCUAAAAAUCUUGAAGAAGCGCUUUCUGAACUUGAAGCGAUAUAUAAUAGCCUCCGUUUAGGAGAUGAAGAUCUUCUUGAUAGAGCAGAACGACGUAGUAUGGAAGAAUUUAGUCUCCGUCAAGCAAAAACUAAUACUAUUUCAUAUAUUUCAGAAGAUUCUACAGAUAGAACGAAAGAUGAUAUGGCUUACAGAAGAAUGCAUCCUAAAGAGAGACCUGCAUCAUUGUCGGAAGUGGUUGGUCAAUCUGCACUCUCUAAUAUCAGUUAUCUGAUAGCUUCGCCUAUUUUAUCACGCAAAGAUAUAACUGAUGAUUAUCUCUAUGCUGGAAAUUGUGCAUCGCGUCGAGACGAACCAGAUGUAACACGAGACGAUGUUGUUUAUCGAAGCAUUCAACAUGCUAAUAACACAUUGAAGAUAAUUGAUCCUCAACCUCCAUUUGGAAUUCCUUUAGGACCGGUAACGGCUGCCACAGAAAGUGACUAUUUACACACCACACCAACUAAACCAGACUAUCCUCGUUCCUCAUACAUACCACAGUGCGAGCCUGACAUUGUUACCGAUGAUUUGGCUUAUAGAGCUCUUAGAAAGGAUGCCAAUACGUCGAAAAACACUGUUGAAAGUAAAAACAGUAUUAUUAGAGAUCAGGAAAUUACUUUUGGUACCAAAAAAAAACGAGCGGUUAGAUCUUUAUCUGCUAAUUUAUACGGUUUAAUUAAUCAUGAUAGAAUUCAUCUUCGAAGAGAACCUAGUCUUCAAGAGAUCAAAGAUGAAAUGAGUAACACUAUAAUAGAUAUUAAAUCUUUACCCAUACGAACAGAUAGGCGAGUUGUAAGCGAUGGUGAACUUUCCGAUUAUGAUCGAUGGCAUUCUGAUAGUUUAUUGAAAAACUCGAAAACUGAUAUAAAUGGCAAUCAUCCAGUUACAAAUGUAAAUAGAAAAAAAUUACGUGUUUACGUUUCACCAUCGACUAAAGUACAGGACUUCGAAAAUAAAAAUGAGAAUGAUACAAGAGCACAAAAUUCCAUAAUAUCUAAUGAUAUAUUACCUAAUGCAUUGAACAAUGAAUUCUGGCAGAAUUGCAUGCAAAACAAAUCUAACGAGUCAUAUAAUCAAGAUACAGAAACUGAUUUCACAGCGUACAGUCGUUUAUGCCAAGAUUUAGUCAAUUUAAUUGAAGGACAAAAUGAUAUGGAAGUGAAAUCAACUGAAGAAACACAUGUUCAUUCAGAACUUCCUGUAAUAGAUGUUUCAAAUGAUAAUAAUAAGGAGGAAGAAUCCUCAAUUUUGCAUAUUCAAUCUUUAGGUAAUCAUUAUUCAGAAAAUAAUAUUGAAAAUCGUAAAGAUAAGGAGAACAUAGAGAAACAAACAGAAAUUCUCACUAAAUUCGAAAAUGAAGAUUCUGAGAAGACUGGCGAUAAUACGUUUGAUUUCUAUCUUCGUGUCGCAGACGAGAAUGUUAAACUAAUUGCAGAGGCGUUUAGCAGUGUGGCAGAUCACUUACGUGAUAGUCGUUUAAGCCAAAAGAAUUCGCUGACGUCGUACCAUUCUGAAAUAGAAACCGAUAGUACAGCGCCCAAUACUAGUACUCGUAGCUCCAUUACUUGUAGUCAAGACGAUACAAAUGAUGAUUUGUCUAGUUCGUCAAGAAUCACUGAUAUAUUAAAUGUAGUUCCUAAAGAAGAUACAACGAUAACUUUAAACGAGGACUGCAACUUGAUAGAAUCAGAAAAGGCAAGAUCUAAUUCGCAUACCGAUCCAAAACUUGAUUUGUCCAAAGCUGUUUACGAUUUACAAUUAGCAGCAGCGAGUUUAUGCAAACAUGAAAAAGAAAUUGAAGAAUUAGAAGCAUUAUUAAAGAAAGAUGCAACCAAUAAUAUUUCUUGCAAUAAUAAUGUUUCGAUUGAAAAAGAUAUUUCGUCAUUAAAUAUUAUUGAAACAAAUUCAAUAUUAAACAACGAAAAAGAAAAAGAAAGCGAUCAAGAAAAAACUGUAAUAUCAACUGCUGUUAAACCAGAAAUUGAUGAACAUGACCCAAAUUGUGAAGGUGAGAGUACAAAAUGCAAGGAUACUUAUGAAUUGUAUGACAUUCCUCGUUCGACUGAAAUGCGUAUUUCAUAUGUUACUAACCUCAUAACAAUACUAUUUACUACAUAUUCUAUGGUUUUGCUGGCUUGUUUUCUUGCACUGCUUUUAGCGACCGUAGCAGCAUCAUGAUUGGACCCUUAACGACAAGUGUCUUAAUGCAUUUCAUAAUUAGAAGGUUUGAUCCGAAACGUUGUUAUCAUUUUGAGGCUAUUAUUAUUUGAAUCAUGUUACUAAUGUCGUAGGUCUCCCGGCACUUGAUCAUUCAUGAUGUGAACCAUUGUAUACGAGUGCAUAACUAACUGAUAUACUACGUCGUUGAGCGACAUGGCAGGACAAUUGAAUUUUAUGUAAGAUCGAGUUUCUGUGAACUAUUUCCGAAGGAAUGAUUUAUUCUUGUUGUUCUUGUUAAUAUUGUUGGUUUUAAUAAAGUUUAAAUGUUACGCUGUUGAUUUUAUUAUAUAUGGUAUUUUUCAUGUAUUUCGUUAUGAAAAUAAAGAUCUGGAUUUUAGGUUGUACCAUUA